GGUAGCUUUAGCAUCAGUAUCUCUGGAACCAUACGAAGCGACAACAGACGCCACAGCUACUUGGCCUUUACAAUACUUCAUACGUUUAAUACAUCGUUAAUAAAUUCUUCAGACUGUGGAGCAGGGCGCCAUACGGUUUUCCUUAGAUUCCUCGGCGCUUCAACAUGUCACCUUAAAGGAGAUAACAUUUGCAAGAUCAAGCAUUGAAGCGCUGCUAUUACUGAAGGAACAACUCAGAGUUUGAGAGACUACGGAAUUUGAUGCAUUAUGAGAUGUCAAGGUUUACGUGGAGGAUCGAAAAUUUCUCAAAAUUGGCUGUUCGGAAGCUUUACUCUGUGGCGUUUGUUAUAGAUCGGUACAAAUGGAGGCUAUGUCUUGAUCCAAAAGAUUCGACAAAUCUGAUGUAUAUUUACCUUCAAGUAGCCGACUCGUCAAGCUUACCUAAUGGUUGGAGUAUACGAGCAAUGUACGACAUAGCUCUUAUUAACCAGAUAGACAUCAACAAAACUAUCUAUGAAGGGUCCGGAGAUGAAUUCGACACUAAACAUAAUAGUUGGGGAUUCUCAUUAAUCUCGCUCAGUAAAAUUCACAAUAAAAGUGAAGGUUUUCUUGUUGAUGACACAUGCUUACUUGAAGCUGAAGUAUCUGUGGUGAUAGAUUUUAUUCUACCUUGCAAUGAUAAUGAAGCCCUGUUCACAUUGGCGUCACCGCAAGGCAAGGGUCCGGGGAAGGGUCCCACCACAAGAAGACUUGCUUCUGAUUCUUCUGCUUCUCUGGAUGAUCUUAUUGAAACUGUGCACGUUGAGAUUCAGUCAUUUCUCGAGUCAGUAUCCAAGAAACCAUCCAGCAGUUGCUCCGUAUCUAAAGCUCCAACAUGUGAAAUGGCUUGGCUAAAAGGUCACGCAUCUUCUGUACAAGAAAUCCUUCACAUGCUGAAUUUGUACCCUUUUUAUGCAUUGGCCGAUCCCAGGAAUGAAACUGCAAUUCUGGAGUCCUUGUCUGAACUAAACGACCACCUUUAUUUGUUUAGUGAUGAACGGGCCAAAGAAAUUAUAAACUUGAAAGCUACUUUUCCUCAGAUAAUGCAGGAAUGGAGAGAUUCAGUUCAAGUUAAGGAAAGAAGUGAGCAUCCCUGGUCUAGUUAUGAAAAGACCCGAAAUUUGCUUGAAGACUUGGUGAAAACAGGGGAGGAAAUAAAGGCUAAACUGGGGGAGCUAAAGAAGAAAGAAAUGGGGUUGAAAAAUAAGUUGGAGGUCAUUAAAAGCAAUAUUCAACAACUCAUGGAGGAACGUGAAGAAUUAUCAUAUCUGACGAAGGCAGUUUGUGCACUUGCAGAGCAGCAGGCUAGCAACAUUGAAGGAGCAGAGGUGGAGUUAUUGGGCCUGGCUAACAAAAAGAUGAAGCUGGACUGUAAGUCAAAGUGGGCUGCAACCAGACUUCUCUUUGGUUAAGAAAUAUGGCUCCAACUGUGUCUAGUGACGUACAUUUUCUUAGCACUUUGGUCAAGAAUUAUGGCCCCGACUGUUUGUUAAAAGCUUGUUUCGGCAUUCUUUUGUCACGUAUGGUUGUAAAAGAGUGCUUUACAAUUUACUGCCAAAGGAAUUUUGCUGCAAUGAUUUUUAUUUUGUUAUAUCAUUUUGUAAAACUCUUAAUACUUCCUCCGUAUUUUUUGUUUGCUACAAUAGGUGUUGGCACAUUAUUAAGAGUGAA